AUGUUAGAACAGCGGUACACUUUAAUAUCUGAACUUCGGAGCCAGAUAAACAGUGCGACAGGCCACGACCUAUUGAAAGGUGAAAUCGCGGCAGCCGUAGCUUUGGCCAAAGGUAUUCUCGAGCGCGCCUCCCAUCAUUUCGAUCCGGUGGACAGUUAUCCCAUGCUUGUCUCCGAUCUCGAAGGCCUCACUAUCCCCGAGCUCAUUCAAUUCCAGUAUAGUCUCCUAGCAGUUUGGAAAGAGGCCAAGACCUCUGGUUCAUCGGGCGGUACCCAAAGCCUGCCCGCACAAAUACUUGCCGCUGCCAUUAGGGAUCUAGCGGCUGACGCCACACACGCAGGGAGGAGGCUCGUUCAAGAGUUCGAAUCACUCAGAGAAUUAGUGGAAAACGGCGAGCAUUAUUAG